AUGGGUAGCAGAAUGAUGGAACCAGAGGAGUUCUGGGCCUUUGCUGACUACGUGGGGGACACAACCAGUGAGACCUGCCUCUCCAACAGGACUAUUUCUGGUGGUAUCUUUCAGGGUCAUUCCCCAAUUGGUUACUAUGUCCCUCUCCUCUUACUGCAGAUGUCUCUUGCUUCUGUUACCAUCUUAUUAACCUCUAUGGUUCUCAAGCCUCUAGGCCAACCACUCAUGGUUGCCCAAAUAUUGGGUGGUAUCCUACUAGGUCCUUCAUUUUUGGGUCGGAGCAAGAUAAUUGCAAGAGCAUUAUUUCCAUUAGAGAGCUUCUUAUUGCUGGAUGUAAUUGCAGUACUAGCUAUCAUGUUCUAUUUCUUCUUGAUUGGAGUAUAUAUGGAUACAUGGAUCGUUAAAAAGAUCGGAAAGAAAGCAUAUACAAUAGGUCUUGCGGCUGCCUUCGGUUCCACCUUUCCACCUCUGUUUGGUUUUUAUUAUUUAUAUGACUACAUUACUGAUCCAGUAUUAUUAAUGUCAGUUGGCUAUGUUAUGAGAACAGAGACUCUCUUUACAUUUCCUAUCAUAGCUCGAUAUCUCUAUGAACUCAAUAUCUUAAAUUCAGAAUUUGGUGCUCUUGCAUUGUCUUCCUCAAUUGUGGGUGGUAUAUUAAGCAUCUUAUACCAAAUAUGGCGUGUCAAUGGCUAUGAAAUUGAUAUAGCAGCAGUUUUACAAUAUAUCGCUUUUAUGUUGGGUAUCCUCUUCGUCGUCCAACCAGUGGCAUUGUGGUUGAUCAAGAGGAAUAAGGAGGGGUACACAGCUUCAAUCUGUUCCAUUUUCAUAGCAGUUCUAGUGUCUGGAUUAGUAGGCUAUUUCAUUGGCUUCCAUAUUGCUUGGGGGCCUUUUAUUCUGGGACUAGCUAUACCUCCUGGACCACCUUUAGGAGCAACCUUAGUAGACAGGCUUGAAAUCAUUGUUUCAUGGAUUCUUAUGCCAAUCUUCUUCCUCAAAAUUGGUUUGGCAAUAAAUAUUUAUGUCAUGGAAUGGUCAAAUAUUCUGAAUGUGGGGAUUAUAAUCAUUAUUGGCUGCUUAGGGAAAUCAAUGGCAGCCUUCAUAGCUGGUCUUUCUUGCAAGUUACCCUUCUUGGAUGCUGUCUCACUUAGCCUCGUUGUCAAUGUCAAAGGUGUUCUUGAGCUUACCCUUGUCAAAAUAUAUAGGAGAAAAGAGAAAAUAAGCAAUGAAAUCUUUGUAUUGUUGUGCACAUCCAUGCUGAUCACAACAAUGGUGAUCACCAUCCUUCUGAAAGCUAUCUAUAAUCCUUCAAAGAGAUAUCUUAUUUAUAACAGAAGAUCCAUUAUGGACACCAAACCCAGUGAUGAACUUAGAUUGUUGGUGUGCAUCCACAGAGAAGAAAGUGUUCCCUCCCUGGUCAACAUUCUUGAAGCCUCCAAUCAUACCCAACAGAGUCCACUGGCUGCCUACAUUCUCCAUUUGGUAGAUCUUAUUGGUCGUGCAACACCAAUAUUUAUCUCUCACAAAUCAUCCAUGUACACUUCUUCCAAAGCCCAAGUCUCUAAACACAUCCUUAAUGCUUUUGAACACUAUAAGGAGAAUCACAAAGAUACAAUGUCAUUGAGUGUCUUCACAGCUAUCACUCCACCUGCUGCCAUGCAUGAUGAAGUCUGCAAAUUAGCACUAGAGAAAAGAGGUUCCCUAGUAAUUCUUCCUUUCCAUGAGCAAAGAGCUAGCAGAGGCAGUAUAUCGGAGAAAUCUCGAGUGGGCUCUAGGUCUAUGAACAUAAGAGUCCUUGAAAAUGCACCUUGCUCUGUUGGAAUCCUUGUUGAAAGGGGACUUUGGAAUUGCUCUAACACAGCAUCAUCUGCAUUAUCAAGUUGGUUUCCAUUUCGAGUUGUUGUGUUGUUCUUCGGUGGUCCUGAUGAUAGAGAGGCUUUAGUUUUCGGGGCUCGAAUGUCUGGACAUACCAAGGUUAAUCUCAUGGUAAUCCGAAUCCUUACAAACCAUGAUGAAUUCGACGAAAAAUUGGGAGAAAUUAAGAUUGAUGAUGAUAUGAUUAGUACAGUAAGGUAUAACAUGGCUGAUAAUGAUCGGUUCAAAUACAUUGAGGAAACAGUAAUGGAUGGCAGUGGGACUCUUCGUGUAAUUCAGUCAGUGAAGGAUGAUUGUCAACUCAUUAUGGUGGGGAGAAACCAUGAUAGAGAUUCACCAGCUACAACAGGACUUGCAGAGUGGAAUCAGUUCAGGGAACUAGGAACUAUUGGGGACUUAUUGGCUUCCCCAGAUUUUAUGAGUGAUGCCAUGAUCUUGGUGAUACAACAGCAUUCUACUCAUGGAAGAAAAUUCACAUAAUCAAUAG